ACAUAUAUGUUGUCCAUAUGCUUUAAAGUUUAUAUACAUUAUGGAAUAAAAAAUCUAGCUAAUUAGCUAGAUUUCAUUUCAUUUCAUUAUCAUUUUUGUGAUGAGAACAUGAUCAAUUCAAUUGUAUUUGUUUCAUAUGGAAUUGAGUAGACAAAAUUCAGAAAUAAAGUGAGUAGUCAUUACAAAAGUGUACUUUUUCUGAGUGAAAAAAUGUAAAAUGAUUGUAUUUGAGCACACCAGGCAUAAUAAUUUUGUACUUUAAAUAGGUAGUAUUUAACAUUUUGCUCACUAGGAAGCAUUUAGGAGUCCUUACAAAGUUCAGAAUUAGGUGAAAUUGCAGACACAGUACUAUUGAUAUUUCAAAAGCUCAAGAAACCAUUUUGAUAUUAAACUACAAUUAGAAUUUUCAUUAUAAGACACUUUUUUGAUUAUAAGACACAAUAAAAUCAUUAAAUCAGUACAAUAGAAAUCAUUAAAUCAGUAAGAAAUCAGUACAAUAAAAAUCAUUAAAAAUAAAAUUUUCCAUUAAUGAAAGUUGAAAUAAUAAUAUAGUUCUAACUGAGGGCUCAAAUAUAUUUCUAUAUAUAGCCCUAUAAUUAAAAUGCUGAGGUAUUCUUCUGCUUUCUGAAACAGAGGAUUCCAAGUUCUAAUUAGGAUAACAGUAAUUAAAUUAUUGAUUCAAAAUCUUUGUGUAUUCAUGCCUUAAUUGUCAUUUUUUAAACUUGAACUUUAAGCCAAUUGACAAUGUUUAUGAAAAGUUUCAUUUUACUAAUUUUAUUGCAAUGUAAAUACAGGAAAAAAGUAAUACAUUAUUACAAUAAUCAUCAAAAGGUUAACUCAUUAAUUAAAAAUACUAACAAUCCUUACUCUAGCUUCAAUUGAUUUUCAAACAUUUCUUCCACAAAAAACUUUUCAUUAUGCACUGUGAUAUAGCCAAUGAUUUGUGUAUAAACAUUGAAAGAAAUGAGUGCUAGAGGUUCAGUAUGAAAAUUAACGGUAUGUGAACAGUGGAGGUGGUCAUUUAUAAGUGUCCUUCAGAUGGCUCCUGGGAGCAUCACCAAUUACUCUUCUUCCUCCUCUUCCUCUUCCUCCUCUUCCACAGCAGGGCCAGCAGAGCCCCCUGAGUAUGGAAAGCCAGCAGGCCGGAACUCAAACAGGGUCAUGGUGACCCGUUGCCACCCCACAGUGCUGCGCAUGGUGCUGGAGGCCCUACAGGCAGGAGAGCAGCGCCGGGGCACCUCAGUGGCAGCCAUCAAGCUCUACAUCCUGCACAAGUACCCCAAAGUCGAUGUCACCCGCUUCAAGUACCUACUGAAGCAGGCCCUUGCCACAGGCAUGAGCCGUGGCCUCCUUGCCAGGCCCAUCAACUCCAAGGCCAGGGGUGCCACUGGCAGCUUCAAGCUUGUCCCCAAGCAUCAGAAGAAGCCGCAGUGCAGCAGGAAAAGUACUCGGACAGGGCCUGCUGGCUCCAGCAAGAAAAAGAUUGCAGAACCAUGUGAAGCAAGAGCUUCCUGCACAGGGCAAAGCCCUAGAGACAGCCCCUCAGGGAGGCUGCAAGGCAAAAGGCACUGGGCCACAGCAGGUUGUAGCCAAGAAGGACCCCCCCAAAGUCAGCUGGGGCUUCCUCAACUGUCCACAAGCUUGGCAGGAAGCCCAAGGUCUCAGGCAGCAGAGCAGGCAAGAAGACAGGAGACCCUGGGAAAACUUCAACUGCAGCCUCCAAGGCUGGAAAAUGUGCUGCCUCCCUGAAGGGUACAAAACCCACAGUGAAGGCCGCCCCAGGGCCUGGACCCAAAGUCAUUGCUGCCCACAAAGCCGCCACUGCUUCCAAGGCUGGUGCCCCCAGGACCAGGACUCUGUCUCCAGCCAGGAAGGCUGGGGGCCCCAAGAACCCCAGGCCACUGGUCAAGAGGUCAUCGUUAUUGUACUCAGAGCUCAGCAGCUAUAGGCCGGUGGGACUGUGGGUGGCUGGGCUGGAGUUUUUAUUCCUCCAAAUCGUUGCACUACUAAUUUAACCCUAACUUAUUUCUCAAAUCAUGACCUAGUUAUCAAUAGACACUGAUGUAUCACCAAAAAAAAAGAAAAUUAACAUUACAAAAGUCACACAUGCUAACUUAAAAUAAUAAAAUAAAUUUGGAAGUACACAUAUAAGACUGUAUUAACAUGCUCAGAUUCCAAAUAUUUUUCAUACAAAUUUUGAUAAGUUUGACAUGUAAAAUAGGAGUGCUGCUAUCUCAUAUUUCAACUUAUUUUUCCUCCACAAUAGUGAUCGUGGAUUUUAAAUCACAUGCUAAGUCUAAUCUAUUAAUACCACCUGACAAAUAAGCUGAAUCAAUAUCACUACCGUUUUGUGACCCACAGUGAAUUGAUCUGCAACUGAUAACUCCCUGACUUUUGUGGCUCAGAAUGAUGCAAUUCCCCCAUGAAUUUUUCAUUCAUUCAUACCAAAAUGCAACACAAUACUUCCUAUAUUCCACUAAAUGAGAAACUUAGAUUCAACAUUCUAUUCUAACAAUCAGAAAAAAAAAAUAACUGAAGGAAGUGGACAAGCUCUAUCUGUUACCAGAUUGAGAACUGUAAAAGAAGUGAAAGCACAGGACAACGAAUUUGUCCUCAGCAUACUUAGAGAGCCAGGUGAAUACAGACAACCCAGUGAGUUACUUCAGGAUCCUACAAAUGUGGCCAAAUGUCAGGGUAAGAAACUGUGAAUUGAAGUUGAAGAAUUUUUGGAAGUUCAGUGUCAUUCUGAGAAUUAAAAUACGCAAUGAGAUUUAGCCACAAUACUUUUGUGUUUUAUCUAAACAAGUCUCACCUGGUUCCUAUAGUAAAUACAAGAGAGAAACUCUAUUGUAGAUUUAAAGAUAGAAAAAGAAUUAUUUUGACCAGCAUUUUCUGUACCCAACAAAGUUUUCUCAGUAUAAAUUAUUUUACAAAAACUGAACUGCUUGGGUUUUUUCAAAGCUUUACUGAUAUGACAUAAACAAAAUAUCUCCCUCCAAUCUUCCACGUGACAAAAGAAAAAUACUGACCCUUGCUUUUGUUUUUAUUCUAGCCAUUUUAUUUCACUUCAUGAAUCCAUGGUGGUGGUUAAGGACUUAUGUAAUGUAAAGGUUACAUGCAUAGCUUCACCAAAAGAUAAGCGAGAUAUAAGACUGUAAAGUGUUUUCCUUCCUGCCCCUGCCUAUAAGCCAUUCAGAGUGCAGGUGGGGAGAGCUGAGAUGGAAGCAAAGGCCCUGCCUGUGAGCCAGCUGGUGCAUGGGGUGGGGUGAGGAGUACAGCUUCCCCUAUGAGCAGCAAGCUGACUCGGAGGCACUGUUGUUUGACUGACUUAGCAAGCCUAAACCAAGCAACUAUUUACAGGACAACAGUAUGUAAUAUAGUAACUGUGGUACAUUUCCUACUAUCUUAUCACUGUUUAGAUGCAUUUUAUUGCUGUUUUAUUCCCCUUAAAUUUAAAGAUAAGGAAAAACUGAAGGAAUUAGUGGGAUCCAAAAUGUACAAUAGAUAUUGUGAAGGUGAAAGGGGAGGAAAUGUCUAAAAAGGGAAGGUGGUAGCUAUAGUUAAUUUCCUAUUAACUUGUUUUGAAGUUCUGCAUCAUUUUCAUUGUUUGGUUUGGUUUCGUUUUAUUCUGUUUGUUUUGUUAGAUUCUAUUGUGUCAGGUUGUAUGGGAAAUUAUUUCUAUGAUAAAAAGAUAUAUUAUGGUAGCCAUUGUUCAUCUCCUAUUCUCUUGUUUUGAAGUCCUGUAUCACUGUAUUGUGUUUUUUGAUUGCUUUUAUUCUGUUGUUUUGCUUGAUAUUAUUGUCUUAUUGUAUGUACAGAUAUUUUAAAGAUAAUAUGAGAUAUUAUGAUAGUCGUUGAUUAUCUAUUACCUUGUUUUGAAAGUCUGUAUUGCUUUCAUGGUUUUGUUUUGAUUGGCUUUAUUCUGUUUUAUUUUGUUUUGCUUUGUUCUCUUUAAAGUAAAACCUUAAAAAUCUCUCAUUCAUUAACAUCUUGUUACUACAUUGUCAAAGCCUUAUUUUCAGUACUUCACACGUUAAAAGGUAAAAUCACAGUUAGGAAGACAGAGUCAGACUCAGAAAUAAGAGAGUCAUUAGUAUGAUUAGAAAAGCAACGUAAGUCACUUACGAUUAAUGUGCAAUAGGCUAUACUGGAUAAAGAAAACAAUACACAGGACUAGGUGAUCAGUGAAAAAUGCAGUGAGUAUGCUAAGACACAGCAAACAAGAAACAUAAGACACUGAAAAACACUGUGAUAGAAGCAAUGUUCAUUUGGUCUUAACUGGUAGACUGGAAAUUGAUGAGAAGAAAAAUUUUUAAGCUUCAGGAUAUUUCAAUAUUAACUUCCCCAGUUAAAAGCAAGCAGAAAAUAAACUAGAAAACAUAACUUGAAAUAAAGUAACAACGUUAUUCAGUUAAACAUAAAAGUUAUAAAUGUGCAUAAUAUGAAAAGAUGAGAAACAUAAGAAAUAUAAUAAACAGACAAAGACUGAAAAUUCUCCCCAGUUAAUAUUGAUAUCAAGGGGCUGGGGAUUUAGCUCAGCAGCGUAAGUGCCUGGCUUGCAAGCAGGCAGUUCUGACUUCAAUCACUGGUACCUAUAAAAACAGAAAAAGACCAAAAAAGAAUAUUGAUAUCAGGCCAGAGAUUAUGAAGCUCAAAGAACUCUAGUAUGGAUAAGUGCCAAAGAGAACUGUAUUCAGAAAUGUUACUUUUGAACUGUAGAAAACUAAAAAUAAAUAUUUUGAAAGAAAUCAGAAUAAAAAUGCAGAGACACAAACAGAAACACCAUAUUCAACUACUUAAAAAUAGUCUAAAAGAAAAUAGUAGACUAAAAUUUUCAGAUGUUUCUAAGAUAAAAAGAUCUGGAAUUCGGUACCAUGAAAAAUUAUCCUUCAAAAAUAAUGGAGAAAUGUACACUUUCUCAGAUAAAAAGAAAUUGAAGUGUUUUCAUUAGAAGAUCUAUCUUAAAUUUCAAAGUUCUUUAGAUAGAAGAAAAUGAUACACACAAGAAUUUGACAUAGCAAAGUAACAGCACUGGAGAAAGCAGUGAAUGUAAAACUAAAAUGGUAAAGAAAGUAUAACUGUUAUACUAAGAAAUAAAGUGUAAAAAAUAAAUUCAAUACAGACAGUAAAAGAUGCACUAAGAAUGAAAGACAAAAAUAGGAAAAAAGAAAAAUACACAAUGCAUAGAUGAGAGGAAGACUAUAGUAGAUAUUGCUAUUAUAUCAACAAAAAUAUGAGUGUCAAUAAUUUAAAAGAACCAUUAGAAAAUAACAAUCAUCAGAGGGAAUUAAAAAUAAGACUCAUUUAUAUUUAUUAGAAACUCUUUAAAUAUUGAGUCUAAGUGUAUUAAAAAGUAUAUCUGUUAUGUUAUCCCUAAUCAAAAGAGGACAUAGCUUUGUUACCUUCAGACAAUUUGAUUUGAGAACAAGAAGAUCAUCAAGGACAAGCAGGAGCACCACAUAGUGAUAAUGGUUCAAAUCUCAAACUAUGUGUAAUAAUCUUUAACCUCUUACCCUCCAAAACAAUCUAAGGCAAAAGCAGACAGAAUUACACAGGAAAAAUUGACUUAUUAUAAUAUAUUUUGACUUAUACUAUCUUAUAACAGUGGGAAGAUACAACAAUCAAGAAAAAAUUAAAACUCUUUGAAUCAAAGAGUUUUUCCUUUGAAAGAAUAAAUAAAAUAGAUAAUUUAUAGACAGAUUUUAAAUGAAAAAGAAAGAAAAGUCUUGCAGAUAGAAACAAAAGGUAAAAAUACAACACUGUCAAAAUCCAGAUGACACUAACUAGUUAGAAAAAUUAUAUUUCAACAAAUUAGCAAAUUUUAAAGAAGUAGUAUUAGUUAUAGAUACCCAGACACAUGCAAACUAUGAAAACUGACCCAAGAAUACAUGAUCAUAUUUAAUAACCCAGUAACAAGCAAUGAAAUAGACACCAUAAUAAAUAAUCUAUGAAACAAAAUGUCGAAGACCUACUGGCUUCAUGGUUGAGAUACUAAAAAAUCUUUAAUCACAUUGUGUCACUAAUACUCUUCAAAAUCUUCAAUGAUAUGGAAAGACAUUAAUUGUUCCCAAAUUCACUUAUGGAAAUUAAUAUCACACCAAUCUCAAAGCUGCACAAAGACCAAAUGAAAAAAGAAAACCAUAGGUCAGCGUCCUUAAUGAACAUAGAUGCAGUAAAACUCAGUAAGGUAUUAACAAGUAGGAUGCAGCACAUUAUCAAAAAGAUUAUAGAUUGUGAUCAAGCAGUUUUCAUCCCAGAGAUGCAUGGAUAGUUCAACAUACAUAACUUAGUAAAUGUUAGUACAUCACAUAAAGAGAAGUAAAGUAAAAAACCAUAUGAUCAUAUAAGUAGAUGUAGAAGAGGCUUUCAGUAAUAUACAAAAUGGCUUCACGAUGAAAAAAAAAGCUUGAAGAAAAUAGGUAUACGGUAACCAUUCCUAAACAUGAUAAAAGCUAUUUAUGACACACUAACAGCCAGGAUCUUGUUAAAUGGGGAAAACCAAAACUAUUCCUCCAAAAAUCAGGAAGAAGACUGUUAUGUUUAUUACCACCACUUCUACUGAACAUAGUACUUGACACUUUUUCAGGCAUGAGAAACAAAGCGUAUACAUACAGGGAAAGAAAACUUCAAAUUAGCAUUAUUUGCAGAUGACAUGAUACUCUGCAUACAAGUAUUUAUGAUACUCUACAUACAAAACCCAAAGAAUCUCACCAAAAAAGCUCUUAGAAUUAAUAAUUAACUUCAGCAAUGUAGCAGGAUAUUGAUCAACAUACAAAAAUCAUUAACAUUUGUAUUUACCAAUAAAGAAUUUGGUGAGAAGGAAGUUAUGAAAGAAUUCCAUUCACAUUAGCUUCAAGAAAAAUGAUAUACCUAAGAAUUAAUGUAACCAUGGAUGAAAGAACUCUACAAAUAAAAAUUCAGUCCCCUGAAAAAGGAGACAGAACAGGACACCAGGAUGCAAAGAUGUCCCCUGCUGUUGGAUAGGCAGCACCAGUAUUGUUAAAAUAGUCAUACUUUCUAAAUUGUCAUACAAAUUCAGUGCCAACAGCAUACUUUACAGACCGACAUAAAAGAGUCUGAAAUUCAUAUGGAACCAUGUUGGGAAUAUAGCUCACUGACACAGCUCCUGCCUGGCAAGCAUGAGGUUAUGACUUUGAUUCCUGGUAUAAUAAAUAAAUAAAUAAGGGACCAGAUGAUACCCAGAGUAGCAAUAACAAUUCUGGGAAACAAGAGCAAGCAACAGGCCUUGUGAUGCCUGAUUUAGGGCAAUACCACAAAGCAGUAGUGGAAAAGGUCACACAGUAAUGGAACAAGAACAGCUUCAUAGAUCAAUAGACCAGAAAACAGGAUGCAGAAACAUCCCUAUGAAGACAUGGAUGUUUAGAAAGGAUUUUCUAAACAGCUUCAGUGGCAUAUGAAAUAAAAGCAACAAUCAAGAAGUAGGAAUAUAUCACACUAAAAAGCUUCUGUACAGCAAAAGAAUAAAGUGGAGAGACAACUUACAGAAUAGCAUAAAACUUUUUGCCAGCUAUUACCAGACCCAGGCCUGUAAAAUGAAUUUAAAAAAAUUAAGCCACCUAAAAUUAAAAAUCCAGUCAAGAAAUGGGCAACACAAAUCAACAAAUGUCACAGAGAAACAAAGACAAAUCCUCAACAAAUAUAUGAAAAAAUGUUCAACAUCUCUAUCCAUUAGAGGUAUGCAUUUUAAAACAAUGUUGAUUCCAUCUUAUCUGGAAAGAAUGACAGUCAUUAAGAAAUCUACAAUAGCAAACUCUGGUGAGGCUGUGGGGAAAAUAAAACUUUCUUUGUGGUUGGUAGGAAUGUAAACUAGGACAGCCAUUAUGGAAAUCAGUGUAGAGACAUACCAAUAAACUGAAACUAGAAAUUCCAUAUGACACACUUGUAUCACUGGUGGUGUCAAUAUAUAAAUAUACCAGUAUUUAUUGGUAUAUAUUGGUCUUUGGGUCAUAUAUACCACUAUUUAUAGCAGGACAAUUGGACAUGUGGUAUCCAUAUAUACUGGAAUACUCUUGCUUGGCUAUAAAUAUUAACAUUUGUAGGAAAACAUUGGUAUACCUGGAAACAUAAUAUUAAAUAAAAUACAUGAGACACACAAGCUUAAAUAUCAUAUUGUACCUUACGGGGAAAUGAGAAUUAUAACACAUGCAGGGCUGAGCAUGGCCUGCGCAUGACUGCCCCAAGAACAAAGAGCAGUGGGGCAAGUCACGUAAGAAGAUGCUUCAGCCCAAAAUAACACCAAGCAUCCAGAGAACUCAAGCCAUGGGUUGCUAGUCAAAGAGGUGCCACGUGGCACUGUGUUGUUGAAUGUAUAAAUAAAUGCCCUGCAAUGAAGGAUAAGUUCCUUUUCUCCCAUCAGGAGAGAGAGGUCUCCCCUGACCCCAACUUUCAGCUCUGCUUUAUUUCUCUCAUCCUUGCCUGGUCCUUCACCCUGCGAACCUUAGGAGACAUGUGGGGGAUGCCAGGAGCUGUCGUUGUUUGAGUAAGGGGACAACGUAUAAAAAAGAAAAUAAUAAACGAUGGAUAGAAGAGGACAAGAGGAUGAAUCUGUUACAGUAGGGAAGUGGUCCAAAGGAACAGGGGUGAGGGGUGAAAAGGAGCAGAAGAGGAAAUAAAGAAGCUAUUUCAUAUAUAGGAGCCUAUAACCUCAAUCAAUAUAACAUUAUAUUCUAUAACAUGAUCUAAGAUUAAUAAUCUCAACAAGAAUGAAAACUGAGACAGGGGAAUUACCAGAGAAGGAGGGAAAGGGAUGAGGGGAUUGAAAUGAAACAGAAACAAGCUCUAGUAUGCACAUUUACCCACUCCCCAAGAUGAGCAUAAGCUACAUAUACUGCAUGCAUAUGUUGAUAAUAUUUUUAAAAAUUUAAAUACAUAAAAGCUUUUAAAAAAGAAAUGAAACUUUAGAUAAACUUCACAUUACCAAUUUAUUGGAUAUAAUUGACAUAUUUAGACUACUUCAACCAACAGCAGUAGAAUAUGAAAAUAUCUGUAUCUACAUAUUUGUAUCUACAAAUCUGAAUCUAUAUCUACAUGUUUUAAGCUCCUAUGGAAUUUUACAAACCCACCUGCAUUUUUGGUGAUACGACAUAAGUUAAUAACCUUUGAAGGGUAUACUCACACACACUGGGCUAUCACAACACAAUGGAAUUAACAUCCAUAAAAUGAAUAGUUUAAAGAAGAAUUGUUAAAUAUUUCAAGUAUUUUGUUCUUAAUGAAAAUGAAAUCUCAUAGCUUUGCUGAAAAUAGUACUCUUGAAUGUGUUAUUUUCUUUCUGAACUUGUAAUAUGUCAGUUCAUUCUUUCCUAAGGUAUACAGCCUUUGAUACAAAGUGUAAUUUAGUCUAAAUGGAGAUCCUUUAAAUGUGACUUGAUGUUUUUCUCUUCAGGUUUCAGAAUUCUUUAUCCUUUUGAUACUUUGACUAUAAUAUGCAGAGUGAAGGCUCUUCUCUGGUGAGGUCUGUGUGGGCCUGCUCUGCCUGAGUGUGCACGUCAUCCGUAAGGUUGACGUUAUUCAGCUAUUACUGAAAGUGUCUUGUGUACUUUUUUCUUCAAGGGCUCAUAAAAUGUGAAUAUCUGUUUAUUAUUUAUCCAAAA